AUGGACGGCCCAAAAAUUAGUGACGUUCUCGUACGCAGGGCACAGACAAAUGUGCUCAACAAUCAAAUAUCUUGGUCAAGACAAGGACACCUGGCCUACGCGGCUCCUCGCGCUGGGAAACAUAAUUUGUUAAUGACAUAUCUCGAGUGUGUUGAUGGCCAGACCUGGCAAUUGGCGCCACCAACAGGAUUUCAGAUAGGAUCUUUUGGCAGAGUAUUGGGAGCCAAGAAGUAUCAUUAUGACCACGAGGACGAACAAAUAACGGGAGCCGAUAAUUUAUCUAAGCUGACUACUGUACAGUUUAGUAAUACUGGCUGGGACCUAUUUCUGAGCGACUCAGUCGGCCACGUGUCCAUAUGUGUAACUGGAAUCAAGCGGGUGCUUCCUACCGCCAGUGGGCAAGCUGGGGCUCAUACUACUGCUACUCCCUCGACCAAUCAGUCUCCGACAUCACAAAACCAGGGAGUACAGGCUGCGCAAUAUUCCCGUACUUCGUUCAACUCAUUUGAGCUCCUUUACACAGACAGCUCCUUUGCACCAUUUCCAGAUCUUUCAACCGCUUUGAAAAGGGAGGGAAACCAGAUACUGUCAAUCAAAUGGCUCAACAUAGAUAAACCUGUGAUUGUCAAUUCCCCAGCAGUUAAAACACAGGCAACGCGGGAGAACCCGGUGACGAAUGGCUGCGCGUCAAAAUUGGGAGCUGCUGCACAGGAUGCUCAGGACUACUACUACACUUACACAGCUCACCAAUACAAGCCGUACGGGACGAUGCAUCCUCUGGCAACGAAACAGGCCUGUAUUGGCGUGCGGAAAAACGGAGAGGUUUGGCUCUGGUACCAAGAGGACCACGGAAUUGAGUACAAGAGAGCCGUGAACCAGCUUCCUAUCGGAGAUGUCCUACUUGAACAUGCUGCCCUCGGCUUUACGAGAGAUGGAGAAGUUAUUGUGGCUGUCCAGAUCGGAGACUAUUUGAAGAUCUUUGAGGUGAUCAUUGAUUGGGGAUUCUUAGUUGAGGCAGCCAAACAACUUACCAAAACACCAACAUACAGAGUGCCCGAUGAGAAUAGAAUACCUCCGAAACUAGGAAUCCGCAAAGUGGCGAGUAUGGGGCUCUGCUCUGUCGAUGAGAACGCAUCUUUCUGUACCGGUAUACAGUUAGUCUCACCUGACUUUAGCCCAUCCACGGAACUAGAGCUGCUUUUGCUUUUUGACAACGAUAGGUCUCUUGGGAACAAGUCUCCCGUCUCCACCAUAUACAGAUAUCAACUGCGCAACCUCGACAUGGCUUCUGUCAUCCAUCCUAUGUUUGGACAGAUUGCAUCUAAUCAGAGCAAUGUUUUUGAGUCCCGCAAAACCUAUAAGCCCAUAUUCAAGCAAAAAUUCACUUUUGAUGAGGCGAUCGUGUGUCUCGAGCUGCUAAACCUGGAUCUGACAAUUGCCGUCACCCUAGCAAACGGUGAGAUCAAACUAAUCAAUAGGCAAACAUUCAAGGCCGCCCAGAAUAUCUACAAUUUGGAUGAACUGGGAGAUGACUUUGGGCCAACUGGCCCUUUGCUCCCAGAAACUGUGUCGUGUCUUACCGAUGCGGGAUUUGAGUUUCCAAGAAUAGAGUUCCUGCCCCAAUACACAUGUAUCUCGCCAAACGUCUGUUGCUUUGUCGCUAUGCCAUGGAACGAAACAACACUCCAUAUCGACUCUGCUCGCACGAACGCGUGGCAGUCAGACGCAGUCCCCAACAAAAAAGGACUUCUUUUGGCCACAGCAGCAGCCGUUGCUUUUCGUCAUACAAACGCUUGCUACUAUGGGUACUCAACAGAUGAUCUGGUGGCAACGAUUCGCUGCGAGCUUGAACAGGCCAAAAACAAUCGUGGAGAGGAGUACGCCUAUAGACUCUUGAUGUCAAUUUUGCAGGAGAGCCAAAGAGCGAUCAACUUGAAUAUUGAUGUAUCUAGUGAGCAAACAGAUAAAAUGCUCCAAAACCAGCCUUUGCAACGAAUACUCACUUUGCAACUGUCUCUCGGCACAGAACUGAACUGGCGGCGGAACAAAAGCGGCAUGAUAGCUUGGGCGCUCGUGAAUUUGAAGUUUGUCACAUCGUCCAUCAUGUACACCAUUCACACGAUUUACUCGAAUAUGCAAAGAUUUGCAAAGAAAGGACUCCAUGUUUCUGAUACUCUCGCAAACGCACGUGCCCGCGAAGAGAGCAUUAUUGCUGUGCUCGGAGUCAUCAGAUGGUGUGUCGACUAUAUCGUAUGGCUGAAUCAAGAGCUGGUUGAGUUGCACGGUGUUUUCAAAAGCAACAGCCCAAAGGAGGUUGAGCAGUUCCUUGCCAAGUCGGUUGCAAUUCCUCUUGUGCUGGGGAAAGUACCACGAUCGUUUUUGAUAUUUGCUAUUUCCAACAUUAGAAGACUGUUUUCUUUUGUGCAAAAGUUCAUUGAAAAAAACGAUCCAUCGCUGGCCGCUUUGGUGACGCCAGAUAAUCCAAUGGGGACUUUCAAGUCGGUUGAAAACCAGCUUUUCGCAGAUUCUCAAUGGACGCUGGCUGCUCCAUCGAAUAACCAGAGUCAAUCGGGAAAAGCCAUUGUGGCCCAUCCAACGAUUGAGGCCUAUGUUCGUUUGGGAUCGCUGAUCAAUAAUUCGCCGAUCAUUUUGCAGGCAUUUGAAAGAUUUCUUUUAGAAGCAGACGGGCCGCUCAGAAAUAUGAGAUUGGAUCCAAUUACAGCACUGGCAAUCGAACAGCAGCUCAUAUGCCAAGGCCAUGUUUCAAAGACGUUUGUGGAGCCUCUGAGAAAAUUGUGCGAAGUGUAUGAUCGGGUUGUGCUCACCAACGGCAGUGUCGACCUCGUGGAAUUAUACUUUUAUGAUGUGAGCUGGCUCAACCUUGGCUCUAAGGAGGCAGAUAUGGCAGGUUUCAAUGCAGAGGAAAAGCGUCCUGCACUCAUACGGCAGACGGACCAGAAAUUCUCAAACUCCUACAACAAAAAACUCAUUCAGAUGAACACAUAUGAUGGCCUCAUCCUCGACAUGCUACGCAGACAACUACUGAAGCCUUCUGAGUUUAUUGCAAACCCAUCAGCACAGCAGGCGAACGGCUCAGGAAGUAGGCCUGCAGUCAAUGGCUCAAAUUCCUCGAAUACGCAAACACUAAUGAUGCGCAAGUGUAUAAGAUGUGGCGCCAUUUCUUCGGUGAAUGGCAAUGAGGUGUACUUAAGCUCGCCUACAUUCAUUGUCAACCCGGUGUACCAGCAUUAUCAGCGGAUUUGUUUCUGUGGCGGCGCAUGGGCUAAUAUGUGA